CCCCACUUCGCUUCCUCCCACUGCAGCGAAACUGAAAAGUGAAGGAAACGAGUUGUUUAAGAAUGGACAGUUCGGAGAAGCCGUGCUCAAAUAUUCGGAAGCAAUUGAGCACGUCCUUGGACUAGGAGAACAGAGUCCAGAUGAUUUAAGUGUCUUGUACUCAAACAGAGCAGCAUGUUACCUCAAAGAAGGGAACUGCAGUGACUGCAUUCAGGAUUGUAACAGAGCUCUGGAGCUUCAGCCAUUUUCCCUGAAGCCUCUUCUACGCCGAGCAAUGGCCAGUGAGUCUAUGGAGCGAUAUCGCCAGGCAUACGUCGAUUAUAAAACAGUCCUGCAAAUAGACAGCAGCAUCCAAGCAGCAAAUGAUAGUGCUAAUAGAAUAACAAAGACUUUAAUAGAUCAGGAUGGGCCCAGUUGGAGGGAGAAACUGCCACCAAUUCCAGUUGUCCCAGUUGCUGCUCAGCUGCACAGGUGGGAUGGAGGAAACAACACUUCAGAGAAUGAGCCAGGAAGUACUACAGAUAAGUUCAAGAGAUUGAAAAGUGAAGGGAAUGAUUUUGUAAAAAUGGGGGAAUAUGAAGAAGCUGUAAAUAAAUACAGUGAAUGUAUGAAGCUAAACACUGAGGAAUGUACUGUCUACACUAACAGAGCUCUCUGUUACUUGAAACUCUGUAAAUAUGAAGAGGCUAAGCAGGACUGUGAUCACGUUCUUCAGAUAGAAGAUUCUAAUAUUAAAGCCUUUUAUAGAAGAGCACUAGCAUACAAAGGAUUACAGAAUUAUCAAGCCAGUGUGGAUGAUUUCAACAGAGUACUUGUAAUGGAUCCAAAUGUUCUUGAAGCACAGAAUGAAUUAGAGGAGGUAACUCAACUGCUUCACCUUGCCAGCAGUGCCGGAGCUGGCAGUCAGCACGGGCAAAUCACCAUACAAGAGGUGACUGAACCUGAUGAACAGGAGGAGAGACAAUUUGCUUCAUCAGAAGAUGUGACUGAUCACGUUGCUUCUAAGGAGGAGGCUCAGAAGAGUUUGCCACUGAAGUCCUGUGAGAAGCUUCGUGUUUCUGAACCAACUAAUGCCUAUGACUUCGGUCAGAUUGUAAAUGCAGUGAAUGCCAAUAAGGAUAAAGCUGCUUGUGCAGAUCUUUUAACAAUUACUGAUCCAAAAAAAUUGCCAGUGCUGCUAAGUAACAAACUUGAAGGAGAAACCUUUUUGAUUUUUAUCCAGUCAUUGGAAUAUUAUGUAGCUGGAAAAGAUCCUGGCCUUGUGUAUCAGCACCUCUUCUACUUGAGCAAAGCAGAAAGGUUUAAGCUGGUGCUGGCUCUUCUUAGCAAAAAUGAAAAAGAACAAGUGCAGCAACUGUUUGACUUGCUUUCAGAAAACCAGAGUGACCAGUACUCAUUGGAAGAUCUUGAGAGCCUUAAAAAGGUUUAUGAACUCUAA